AGGUCGUGAGGACCAAGUGUGGCCUCAGCAAGCUCUGCCCAGACAACUUCUUUGCUUUUAAAAUCAGCAGCGGAGCCACUAACGUCAUGGGUCCCACCAUGUGCUUCGAAAACCUUGUGAUCAUGAGUCCUGUGAAAAACAACGUGGGCAGAGGCCUGAACUUUGCCCUGGUGAACGGAACCACAGGAGUGGUGCUGACACAGAAAUGUUUCGACAUGUACUCUGGAGAUGUUAUGCUCCUGGUAAAGUUCCUUAAAGAAAUCCCAGAGGGCACACUGGUGCUAGUGGCCUCCUAUGAUGACUCAGGAACCAAAAUGAAUGAUGAGACCAGGAAGUUCCUCACCAACUUGGGCAAUUCCUAUGCAAAGCAGCUGGGAUUCAGAGAUAGCUCAUUCCUCUUAGGGGCCAAAGACCUCAGGGAUAAAAGCCCUUUUGAGCAGUUCUUAAAGAACAACCCAGACACAAACAAAUAGGAGGACUGGCCAGA